AUGAAACCACGUUAUAAUCUUCGUAUUCUACCAACUAAAGUUCUUAUUUCCACAACCAAUAAAACUAUUUCUUCAAUAUCGUCUUGUCGAAUUCUAAAGAAACCUAAACUACAUCAAUCAACUGCAUUAAAAAAGAAACAAAACCGACGUCAUAGUCUUCGUUUAACAUCAAAUACAAAACCUCGACCAAUUAUUCAUGAAACUCCACUAAAAUUAUGUACAAUUGAAAAUGAUCAUAUAGAAGAAAAUUCAUUAAACAAUGAUGAAGAUGAUAAUUAUGAUGAACUUCUAGCACGUCAUCAUCGACACAUGCUUGAAGAACAAAAAGAUCGAAAACUUUAUGAACGAUAUGUUCGUGGUCAACGAACACUCCGUCGUUUACAAUGUCGUCGUACUCAUACAGCUCAUUUGAAUGAAGCAACACGUACUCGUUUAUUACGUGAAUUAGAACGUGAACGUCGUUAUACUGUUCAAGAACAGAUUUGUACUUAUCUUGCUGAUCAUUCAAUUAUAUUUCGACAUGGAUGUCAUUUAAAUUCUAAUGAAUCAAUAAAUUGGACAACACUUGAAAAUGAAAUACCUCGACAGAAACAUUUUGAUACAGUACAUCAAUUAGAUGUGAUGAUUAAUAAUUUAAAAAAAGUUAUUCGAACUUCAAAAUCUUCUAUAUCAAAACCACGUUUAUCUGUUCAUGAAAGACAAAAACGACGUUUAGCUGCUGCAACAACAACUCCGGUUAUUCAUAUUAAUUCUUAUGAGAUACAAUCAAAUGAAAUUAAUUCAACAGUUCCAUCAAUGAAUAUUAUAUCACAACCAACUACAAUAUCUCGUUUACCAUGUGUACGAUUUAUUGAUGACUCAUUACGAACAACUAAUUCACAACAUUUAACAUGUAUUCAAAAUGUUUUAUUACAAACAAAUAAUAAUCAUCAAAGUCAAAUUGUAACAAAUGAAAUCUCAACACCUAUUACUAUUAGAAAACAAUUUCUUCGUCAAAAAUCUACGCAUAUAAAUUUAUCUGAUUCAUCACAUAUAAAGAAACGACCAUUGGAGAAAGAAAAUUGUAGUCUUGUGACAUCUACAACCAAUAAUCAUUUACACUCAAAUGUUGUUUUAAGAGCGACAUCACCAAUGGUAUCUAUUAAACCUUCAACAUCGUAUCGUUCAUAUCCAAAUACACGAAAGCAUCCAAUAGUUACAAAUUCAUCAACAACAAAUCGUCGACAAACAAGGCUUUCUUUUGGUAUAGAAACAUUAUAA